UGUAUUUAACUUGGUAGAACUUAUUUUUUUAUUGACGUACACAAGCUUAACUGUACGGAAUACCGUGAGUUUACAGAAAAUCUUGAGUGCAUUGUACCUGGCUAAGUUGCUACUGCAGCUAGCUAACGGUACUGUACGACUACAUUAACAAACAUCUGUUUAGUUCGUUAAUCCGACAACAUUUCUAGGGCACCAUCAUCAUUUCUGGACAAUGAAUCUCAGCUUUCCCUGACUGUAAGAAGAACCACAGUGCAAGUAUUUAAAAGGCUGUUAUGCAGUGCCAAGCAUGUUUAGGAAAGAAGGCUGUGGAGAACCUCAAGUCUUAAAACAGGCCCCAACCCACAGCAAACUGCAACUACCAGUUGGGACAGCGACAUGUCUUCCAUUCUGAUGCUGGUUCACCUUUUGCCACCCUCAAGUCAAGGCCGCAAAACACCGGGAAAGAUCUCAGCGAGAAAAGCAUGUGAUUGUCUUGUGAAAUUCAUCAAGACCGGUACCAGUAUCCAAGGGCACUUGGAUACCAUUGGAGAGAGCCUCCAGCCAUAUCUGCUUGUUGUUGGGCCAAGGAGAAGUAGGGUCCAGUCUUGUUUUAUUGUUAUUGACAAACAUGCUCUACCCUGUAAGGCCUCUAAUUCACUGGCCUGUGUUGAUGAGCUUUUCAAAGCUCACUUUGUCUUUGGCACCUCAUACUGUCAGGAACUUACCAAUGUGUACAACUUUCUGCAAACCACUGUCUAUGACAUAGAUGUUGAAACCACCAAGGUGAAUCCUAGAGUGGCUGAGUUAAGAGCUAGAAUGCUCCAGUGAGCAGAUGAUUUGUUUCAUAUGUAAAAGGGGGCAUGCUAGUGCCAAUGCCCUUAUAAGGCACUUUAAGUUAGUUCAUGGCCUUUGUCCAGGCAAAAGUUUGAAGUUAAAAUGUGCUCAAAGAGGUUGUUCACAUGUUUACCAUAGUUUUUCUGGAUUACGAAAGCAUCUCAGCAAGUGUUGUGCGAUUGACCGUUCACACCUCGAUUAUGGUGAAAGCUCAUCCAACGCCAACUCCAUUUCACUAGGGGAUGUAGGUGUUUUACCAAACCAAAAUUCAACUUGUGAGUCUGUACUCCCAAAAACAAAUAUAGAAAACAGUUGUGCAACAGUGGUAGCCGAACUUAAAGUUGUUGGUGUAGCAGAGACAACUAUUAACUAUGUUGUUAGUGCUCUAGAAGAAGUGGUUGGAGACGUUUAUAGUCAAACACAAGAGUCUGUGAAAAAGAGCUUAUCUUUAGAGGAGCCCAUAAAAAGUUUGGUUGAGUCUCAAAUUGAUCAGUGUUUUGAAAAAAUGCAAAAUCCUUUUGUGGCAUUAAACACUGAGAGUAAGAGAAUGCAGUACUUUUCGGACAAAUGGGGGAAAAUAGAUCCUGUUGAAUAUGUUCUCGGUACAAGAUUUGCUACACGGCGUAAUAGAACAAUUGGAACUUUCGCCCAAACCAUUGUUAAGGAUAAAUUUGUAUAUAUACCAAUUAUUGAGACAAUACAGUCGAUUUAUAAGCACCCUAACAUUAAAGAUAUGAUGAUGAGGGAUUCACAACAAAUACCAAAUUUUCUUUAUGACAUACAAGAUGGAGAAUUAUUUAAGAAUCAUGCGCUCUUUUCAAAACAAAGACAUGCUGUUCAGAUCCAGCUUUUUUUGAUGAAUUUGAAUGCUCAAAUCCCCUUGGAUCAAAAAAGGGAAUACAUAAAUUAGGAGCUAUCUAUUUUACCCUUAGAAAUAUUUCCCCUAAAUACAAUUCGAGUUUUCUAAAUAUUCAUUUAGUUGGUUUAUUUCAUUCCUUAUUUGGUUUUGUAGAAUCUUUCAGUGCUAGGUACUGUUGCCGCUUUUGCCUACUAGAGAAAGAAGACUUUCAGACAGAGUUCAGUGAAGAUAGUCCAAAGAUGUCAGUGCGAACUAAAGAACUUCAUGCUGAACAUUGUCAGAGUAUGCAGAACAAUCCCAGUCUACCUUAUGUAAUGGGAGUAAAAAAGUCUUGCCUUUUAAAUUCGUUGCAAUAUUUCCACACCACUGCAAAUUUUUCAGUUGAUAUCAUGCAUGAUAUAUUAGAGGGUGUCGGACAAUAUGAAAUGAAAUUACUCCUUCAGCACCUGAUUGACAAUUACACCACACCAGCAGAAGUACACAGAAGAAUUCAGAGUUUCAACUAUGGCUUCUUGGAACAAAACAACAAACCUCCUGGUGUAGCAUUAAGAGAGGGUUCCAAUGACUUGGGCUUAAAUGCCACCCAGAGCUGGUGUUUACUGCGUCAUCUACCCAUUAUGUUUGGAGAUCUUGUCUGUCCUAAUGAUCAUCACUGGUAUUUGUUUAUUUUAUUGCUUCAGAUAGUCAAUAUAGUGUUUUCUUCAGUUAUAUCCACUGGUAUCACUAUUUAUUUGAAACACCUGAUUGCAGAGCACCACAGUUUGUUUAAGCAUUUGUUUCCUGACAAGAACUUGUUGCCAAAGCAUCAUUUUAUGGUGCAUUACCCCAGUUGUAUGCAGAAAAUUGGACCAUUGCUACAUAGUUGGUGCGUGCGUUAUGAAGCGAAGCAUAACUUUUUUUAAAAGCAGUUGAAAAGCUUUAAAAACAUAACAAAAACAUUAGCAAAAAACACCAGUGCCAAAUCGCUUACAUUUGGCAAACAUUUGAUCCAAAUGACAUGAAAUUAGGUCCUGGGAAAAUGACUCCCUUAAAUGAAAUGGAAGUUGGUGCUGAGAUUGCGGAGAAACUUAAUGUACCUAUGUGGACUAAGGUUCUAAAUGUAAAAUGGGUCAAGCGCUGUGGAAUUACUUACCGUUUAGGAUUAGCAGUUUGUGUUCAAGUUCAAAAUGAAAUGCCUGUAUUUCAUGUAAUCCAGAAUAUUGUUAUCAAAGAUGAGCAGAUCCUUUUGAUUACAACUGCACUAAAAACGUUUUGUUUAGCUGAACAUGUCAAUUCUUACAAAGUUGCACAUACUGCAGAAGCACCUUCUGUUUUGGAGAUUAGGGAUAUUUUGCACCACAAGUUGUUUGAUAUUCUUAUGUCUUAUGGUUUGGAUUCUGAUUUGUUUAUUGUACCAUAUUGUUUCAUAUAAUUCUUCAUCCUUUCUCUUACAUUAUCACUAUCACAAUUUUCUAUUAUUUUAGUAUUAUUGUUUUCAUUAUUUGUUUAUUUUAUGAUCACAAGUGAA